AUGAGUGUCCCAAUCACAUCUCUACAUCCGUUUGCCAGGUUCUCCACAUCAGAGAAGCAAUCCAAAUGGCAAACGCAGGUGUUUCCGAUUCUGUUGUUAGGUUGCUGUUGCUUUGGUUCAGGGGAUCCUGGUUGCAAGUCAGAACGUCUCCCUCGGAACUCUGACAGAUCACUUCACAAAGGCCUGAUGCUGGAGUCCUUCUCUGGCUAUCACAGGCAUUCCCAACAUCAAUUUAUCGGUGCCCACAAGUGGCAUUGCAUGAACCUGCAAGAAGAAACCAUAGCAGAGAUGCCAAGUGAAAGUGUGAAAUGCGCCCAUAGCACAGUUAGCUCGUUGAAAAAGAAUCGUUGA